GGAAGCACCAGGCCCCUCCUACCCGGAGUCCCCGCCCACCGCCACCUGCUGGCUGGCCUGGCCCCUGGGCCUGGACGACCUGCAUCUGCCAGAAGGAGCUGUGGGUCCUGCACAAGCCCGGGGGCCCUGGGAGCUUCAGACAGAAGGUCCUCGGUGGCCCAGGUGCAGGACACCCAGCAGCCUUGGGUGACCAGGAGGAUGUGUCCCCCAGAGAGUGCCCUCCAACCCCCCCAGUUCCUCCUGCUGGUAGGGAUCCCUGUGGCUAGUACCCUGCUUCUGGUUCAGUGUCUCUGGUGGCACUGUCCCCGUUGGUGGCUGCUGGGGUCCUGCUGGAAGCCAGACAGCCACCAGGAGCCAGGGAUCCCGUCCACUCCACCACUGGAACUCGAGGUGCCGGGGCCGUUUGCGCCUGCCACGCUGCCAGAAAUGGCUGCCUUCUACCAGGAGCUGCACACGCCCACCCAGGGCCGGACGGUCACCCGCCAGCUGAUGCACAAGCUCCUGGUGUUCUCGGCUCGCGAGGUGGAUCACCGCGGGGGCUGCCUGCUGCUGCAGGACACUGGCAUCUCGCUGCUUAUUCCACCAGGUGCCGUGGCUGUGGGCCGCCUGGAGCGGGUGUCCUUGAUCUUGGUGUGGGACCUGUCUGAUGCCCCAUCGCUGUCCCGUGCCCAGGGGCUGGUGAGCCCGGUGGUGGCGUGUGGGCCCCACGGAGCCUCCUUCCUGCAGCCCUGCACCCUCACGUUCAAGCACUGUGCCCAGCAGCCGGGCCACGUACGCACCUACAGCAGCGACACACCUCUGCUGGAUGCCAAGGCGUGGCGGCCCCUGGGCCAGCCUGGGGCCCACACCUCGCUGGAUGAGUGCCGCCUCCAGCUUUCCCACUUUAGCCUCUAUACCUGUGUGCUGGAGGCGCCGGUGGGCCAGGCUGCCCGCAAGUGGCUGCAGCUGGCUGUGUUCUGCUCCCCGCUGGUCCCCGGACAGACCCACCUGCAGCUGCGCGUCUACUUCCUCAACAACACGCCCUGUGCCCUACAGUGGGCUGUGACAAAUGAGCAGCCCCACGGGGGGCGCCUGCGAGGGCCCUGCCAGCUCUUUGACUUCACGGGGGCUAGAGGCGACCAGUGCCUGAAGCUCAAGUACAUCUCUGAGGGUUGGGAGAACGUGGAUGACAGCAGCUGCCAGCUGGUUCCCCAUCUACAUAUCUGGCAUGGGAAGUGCCCCUUCCGCUCCUUCUGCUUCCGGAGAAAAGCAGCCAAUGAGAGCGAGGACUGCUCGACACUGGCCAGUGAGAUCAUUGUCACCAUGCACACCUUCCAGGACGGCAUGGAGACCAAGUACAUGGAAAUCCUCAGGUUCCAGGCGUCAGAGGAGGAGUCCUGGGCGGCGCCACCCCCAGUCUUGCAGCCACCCCCAUGCAACAGGAUGCCACCAGAGCUCUUUGAGCAGCUGCGGAUGUUGCUAGAGCCAAACAGCAUCACAGGCAAUGACUGGCGCCGGCUGGCCUCCCAUCUGGGCCUUUGCGGCAUGAAGAUCCGGUUCCUGUCGUGCCAGCGCAGCCCUGCGGCGGCCAUCCUGGAGCUCUUCGAGGAGCAGAACGGCAGCCUGCAGGAGCUGCACAGCCUCAUGACCUCCAUGGAAAGGUUGGACUGCGCCUCGGUCAUCCAGAGCUACCUGAACAAAACGCCCUGCAGCAGCCCGGCCGUGGUCCACAGUCGCGUCUGGGAGAACCAGGCCCUAGAGCUAGAUGAGAAGCUCUGAGCGCCCUCCAGGGUGGACGACUGGGAAAAGUGCUGCAGCAGAUCCUGCUGACCAUCCCGUGCCCCCUGCGAACCACCUCCGUCAAGACCCUCUGGUCCUGCAUGCAGGUUCUCUCCUGGCCGGCAGAGGGCGCAGGAGCACAGGAGAUGACCGCACCCUGACCAGCUUCCGGGCCGCUCUUUGUAGACACGGGGCUUCCAGGUGGCCCCUUGGCACUCCUGGGCAACUGUCUGGUCGCCAAGAAUUUACUGAGCACUUAGUACGUCCUAACACUCCAGGGGGAUGCUGGAGUGAGUGUUCGAGGUGAGGCCUGGAGCCCGGAGGAACCUCGGCCUUCUUUGGCCAGCCGAGGGGCUCAGCCUAGCGCUCAGCGCAGACUUGGAG